UAUGAGACUAUGAACCUGCUUUCAGAACUCUGGGUUUCCUGUCACCUCCCUUGUUAUAGGAGGGUAAGGCAUAAUGAGAGAGAGAGAGAGAGAGAGAACGAGAGAGAGAGAGAGGAACCAAGUGGGGUGAAGCAUUGUGGCUUUCCUGUUCUUUUUUUUUAAACAGAGCAGCAAAGUGAAGUCGUCCAAAUAAAAAUGACAGUUAUAGCAUGUUAGUACUUGAUAACUAAGCAGGCACCUUCUUGAGAAUUUAUGCCUCAGCAACGGCAGAGCUGGGCCUCUCACAUCUUGAUGAACUCACUUCAGGCCUGCCCUAGAAAGCCAAAGGUGAAAUCUCUUCAGAUCCAAGAAAGCUGUCUGCAUGUGAUUCAAACCAAGCAGUGAAAACACAUAAAGUAAAGUGCUGUGCAUUGCCCUGGCUUGUACAGUCAGUAUGAUAACAGGAUCUGGCAAAUCUCGCUGUCCACAUAGACCUCAGUAUGAAAGUUAUGAAGAAAAGUAUGAACGCCGACAGGAAAAGCGUGGAAACAUACGCAGAAGGAAUAAUACAACCAUGUGCCAUCUUGUGGGUAAAAACAAGAGGAAAGAGGCCAAGGAGCCUCUUCAAAGUCCCCGACAGAAAGAGUUUCUCCGAAGAAGGAAUUUAGUAACUGAAGAGCUCAAAGGGGCAGAAGUAUGCAUGUCUUCUGGGAUAGAGGCAUCACUGGUUUCUGAGAACAGAACUGGAGAUGUGGGAGAAAGAUCAUCUUGGACAAAUCUGAGAUUAUCACCUACCAACCAGGAGACUUUGAAUAACCCUACUGCCCAGUUUCUUACCCAAUUUGUGCUGUGUGAAUCCUACAAUACAUUUGCAGAUGGCAACUUGGACUCCUCACCCAAAAGCAUGCUUACUGUAAAAGUUUCCAAAAGCUGUAAAGGUACACAAACUACAACCGAAUCAAGUGCAGAAAAGAAAAACUCAGGGCAACAGACAGACUGUGGAAUCACAGUUUUAGAUAAGGAAAUUAUCCAACUUUCUAACUACCUCAAGGAGGCGCUACAUCGAGAGAUAGUGCUAAAGCAGAAGAUGGUGAUUUUACAGGAGCUUCUAACCAUGCUGCUGAAAGCAGCUGAACAAUCAUGGAAGGGUCAGUUGAAUGAAGACAAACUCAAGUGCAGACUGGGUGCAUUGGAGAAUCAACUACAGAUCUGCUCUGAGAAUUAUUCAAAGAAGAACUUAAAGAAAAUUAUCCUGGAGAUGGAAGAUCAAAAGAAGAACUAUGAGCAUAAAGCAAAAGAAUCUCUUCAGAAGCUGCUUGAGGAGAAACUGCAAGCAGAAAAGCAACUCCAGAAUGCCCAGAGAGCCCUCACUGUUGCAGAUGAAGACCUCACCCUCUGGAAAGAACACUACAAUGCAUUAAAAAACAACUGGAGCCAGCUGAUGGACAAGCAUAGUGAACUAGAAAACAAACUCCAUGUCUUGGAAGAUAAACUGAAGUGGUCAGACACCCAGAACUCUCAGCUGGACCAGUCCCUGCAGAACUUGGAAAGCGAACGUGCCAGUCUCUAUUCAAGAAUUGAUCACUUGCAAGAAGACAACAGGUUCAUAAUGGAAUGUCUCAAUGCAGCAGAAGGCAAGCUGCAAAAUGAAGAGAGGCAGAAACUAGCACUGGAGGCAACAAUUAAACAUUUCUGCAAGCCAAGCAGAGUCACAACGGAGAAUCAAGUCCUCAGCUCAGCCAGAGCCAUACAGAAUUCCCAGCCAGAGGAUCAUGAGGUGGGCAGAGGAAGCACUCUGGAUGAUCAGGCACAGACGAGGAUAACCCCAUUUACAGCUAAGGAAAAAGAGACCACAGAUCUCCACUGUGACCUACAGGUCAUGGGUGACAAGUAUCACAGCUGCUUCACCAGGUUACCGCAGUGUCGGGAUGAGCUAAAUCAGCCUCAGGAAAAACAGGUCCAGAGACAACAUGAUCAAUGGAUCCCUGUCCUCAUGGUAAUAAUAGCAACAGCUCUGGUAUCUUACUUAGUCAACUUUAGACCCUGAGUAUACUUUCUGUCCAGUUUUGCUUACAUUACUGACUUUGCAUUCUAAGUUAUCUACAGAAGGUGUGCAUUUUUAACAGAACAAAAUGUAAAACAGUUACAUUUAUACAGUUUAUUUAUACACUUAUACGGUUCUGAACUGCAUAACCUGCUAAAGGAGUUUGUUUGACUGCUUGACUUCAUUUUUUUUUGGCUAUUUUUUAUUAUCAAUAAAGGCUACAUUGCAAAA